AUGGAAAACUCUUUCUUUGAAUAUCGAGACGAAACUAAUGGAGAUGGAGAAUCCAGUUGUGAAAUCGACGACAGUAUUAUGGAUGAAUCCUUUGCUCCGAAGAAGACACCAGCGAAGAAAAAUGUAACUGUCUUUGUACCUGAAUCCGAUGAUUCAGUUUCUGAGGAUUUAAAGAAGAGGCCUAGUGUUGCAUCAGCAUUUGCCACACCAAAGAAAGUAAUUUUAAGUUCAUCUGAGGAUGAAGCCAAAAUUAGUUUAUCUUCUGAUACAAAAUCCCUUAAAUAUGACACGAGUAACAUGAGUUACGAGAGUAUUAAUAGCGAUGGAAGUAAUGAUGACUCUGAUGAAGAUGAUGAUUAUGAAGAAAGUGAUAAGGAAGAAGCCAAAAUUAAUGAUAGCAAAGUAGAUAAAAUUAGAUACAAUAGGUCUAACAAUGAUGACAAAGAUCAAGACUUCAGUAAAAAUAAAAAUAUUGCUAAUAUAAGUACUGACAAUGUCAAUAAUCAAACACAUAAUGACGUAUAUAGUACAGACUCAGAUGCAUCUGUUGAUUAUGAUAAUGAUAAUGAAAAUUAUAAAAGUAAUGAUCAUAGCGACAUUGCAGACAAUAAACAGAAAAGGCGAUUUAAAGGCAGUGUACAAAAUACAGAUAAUGACACAGUUGGGACAGUAGAUUAUGACGAAAACGCCAAGAAUACGAAUGAGAAUGUACCUGACGAAAAUAUUAAAGAUAAAGAUGUUAAAAGCAGCGUAAACAGUAACGACAAUGAUACAGACGGUACAGAAGAUUACGAUUAUAGUAAAGGUGAUGAAGCGAAAGACAAAAGCAAUAAGAGUGAUGAUGAUUUUGAAAACGAUGAUCAAAUGUUCAUGUCGCGAGCCACGCGUAUGAGUAUCAUGGGUAUUGUGCCCAAGGUUCACGAAAGUGACGAAUCAGAUUAUAUUCAAUCGGAUAAUGUGAUCACGUCCAAGUUCCUCCGCAAGUAUGGGUGA